AUCAUGGUGGGCGUGCCGAGGAGUACAGGAUGUGCGGCGUGUGUAAAAAGACGGAUCAAGGUACAUCAUCACCCUUUGGGAAACUACCAGGGCCCUUCACGUCUGACCCAGUCUCCGAACGCGACANNGUGCGAUGAAGGACGGCCGACCUGUCAGAGAUGCGAAAAGUCUGGACGACAGUGUCCGGGCUAUACCCGCGAGCUUCAGUUUAGAAACAAGAUGGUGCAAGUCGGGUCCAAACGUGAGCGGCCUAUAAUAAUCAACUCGAUAUCCACAGCCUCGCCAACGGAAUCGAGCACUAGCAGUGGCAGCUCGCUGGACACACGCAGAGACUCUGCUGUCGUGACGACUCCUCCGGAACCAGCUGUAAAGUCGCUGCAUCUACCUCGGACGGAACAGCUUCAAAUCAUGGCUGCCUUGAUAGACGGGUUUGCACCGCCCUCAGCAGAACCAAAACAAGGUCCUUCUAUGAUACGGGACUGGCUCUCUUUUGUAUACGGUCGUAUUGGUUCAACCACUCCCCUAGAUCUGGCCAUGCGAUCAGUCGCCUGUAUGCAAUUCGGAUUGCGAAAGAAGGAUACACGGAUUAUCAAUGUCAGUCGCGCAUACUACGGUGGUGCACUCCAGACGUUGCGCAAGGCUCUAGUAGCUCCUACCACAGGACAAUCUGAGCUGCAGAGCACGGUGAUGCUACUCACGUUUUAUGAGGCAAGAAGAAUUGAGAUUCAUCCCUGGUUCUCCCUCAUGUCGAACAGAAAAGAAGAUGAAUGGGUCCGACAUUCCGGCGGCUCAGUUGAGAUGAUGCGGAUACGAGGCCCGAAAGCAUACGCAGAUCGGAAGAGCUUCGACUAUUCCAUGUAUCUUGUGUGCAGGUAUUAUAUCGCCUUUUAUAAACGCAAGGCCUGCUUCCUGGACGAUCCAGAAUGGAACACGCUAGCUCGCGAUCCUGACUCAGUGGAGGGAGACAUCCGAGAGUCCAUGUUCCGGAUCCACGUCCAGAUACCAGGAUUGAUUCGCAAUGCCCAAAGGACCGCUGCCGGACAGUACGACGCCUUUGAGCUGAUAAAGAAGACCGUAGAGCUACGGACGACUGUCAAACGAUUAUACGACGAGUGGAUAGUAGCCUUGAAAGCCACAAACAACAUGCCAAUCGAGAUUCCCGGCGAGGACGAGCUUUUCCCGGUGGUAUAUCACUUCAACAAUCUAGCCGUUCACGGCUUCAUGUCGCAGCACUGUUCGACGAUAAUCCAGCUGAACUCGGUCUUGAUCCAGUGCGGGUUGCCAGGGAAAGAAGAAUAUAUGCAAGAGUGUCGGCAGCAAGCAGAGCAACUCUGCAGAUAUGUGCAUUUCGCCCAAGGACGAGUCCUCGGAUCCAUUUUGCUGCACUUUUGGCUUAUCACUGCGAAACGACACGCCGACGAAAAGUAUCAAGGCUGGAUCGCGGCGAAGCAGGCAGCCAUCCAGAGGUGA